AUGGCCGCCAUAGUCACUCCCUCGAAGCAGGCUGCUUCCUCCCUCGAGAACCUCAAGAUGAGCGACUCCCCCGCUAAGAAGCUUGACUUCGGGUCGGCCGGCAAGGAAAACGUGUCUGCCAAGGUCCAGUCCGUCGACGCCGUCGAGAAGCCCACUGAGAAGGCUCUUGCCACCAAGGCUGCCCCUACCAUCAAGGAGCUUGAGGCCACUGAGCCCCUCCUCCAGGAGAACCCCCACCGCUUCGUCAUGUUCCCUAUCAAGUACCACGAGAUCUGGCAGAUGUACAAGAAGGCCGAAGCCUCUUUCUGGACCGCGGAGGAGAUCGAUCUCUCCAAGGAUCUUCACGACUGGCACAACCGUCUCAAUGAUGACGAACGUUACUUCGUCUCUCACGUCCUUGCCUUCUUCGCUGCCUCCGACGGUAUCGUCAACGAGAACCUGGUUGAGCGUUUCAGCGGAGAGGUCCAGAUCCCCGAGGCUCGUUGCUUCUACGGUUUCCAGAUCAUGAUGGAGAACAUUCACUCUGAGACUUACUCGCUGCUCAUUGACACCUACAUCAAGGAGCCUAAGCAGCGCACCUACCUAUUCGAUGCUAUUGACACCAUCCCUUGCAUUGCCAAGAAGGCCGAGUGGGCCAUCCGCUGGAUCAAUGACAAGGAGUCCACCUUCGCCCAGCGCCUGGUUGCCUUCGCCGCCGUUGAGGGUAUCUUCUUCUCCGGCUCUUUCGCUUCCAUCUUUUGGUUGAAGAAGCGUGGUCUGAUGCCCGGUCUCACUUUCUCCAACGAGCUUAUUUCUCGUGACGAGGGUCUCCACACCGACUUCGCUUGUCUGCUGUUCUCUCACCUCAACCACCGCCCCGAGCCCAAGGUUGUCGAGGACAUCAUUAUCGAGGCUGUCGGUAUCGAGCAGGAGUUCUUGACCGAUGCCCUCCCUUGUGGUCUGCUCGGCAUGAACUCCAAGCUGAUGUGCCAGUACAUUGAGUUCGUCGCUGACCGUUUGCUCGUCGCCCUUGGCAACAAGAAGUACUACAACUCCACCAACCCCUUCGACUUCAUGGAGUCUAUCUCCCUUGCCGGCAAGACCAACUUCUUCGAGAAGCGUGUCGGUGACUACCAGAAGGCUGGUGUCAUGGCCUCCACCAACAAGAAGGAGACCAACGAGAACGGCGAGGUUGUCGCCAACGACGGUCUCAACUUCGAUGAAGACUUCUAA